GGGACAGAGGUUGAUCGCUCAGACACUGGGGAGAAGCAGCUUGGUUGGGACAUCAUGAAACUCCUUUUGUGCAUCGCUCUGCUGCUUCUCGCUGCUCAGCUGUCCGAAUCCGCCUGCUUCUUUCAGCGACACGACAAAAGAGCCAAAGGCAAACCCAAGGCGCCCCUGGGGUGUAUUGAUAAAUCUGAUGGGACGGCUCAUCACAUCGGGGAAAGUUGGAAAAAUGCCAACUGUCUGAACUGCGUGUGUUCAUCUAAUGGUUAUGAAUGCUGUGAGAUGUAUUCCACGCCAACUAGUUUCCCAAAAGGUUGUAACGUACUUUUCGAUCGUGAAGCUUGUGAGUUUCGAGUCCACGUGGAGUCCGACCCGUCUGUCGAGUGUCCAGUGCUUGAGAGAUGAGCUGCAAUAAGCCGGCCACUCCCUUCCAAUGUGGAGACAUUUCCUCAAUGGAAUACAGAAGCGUUGCCUCUUGCAUGUAAUGUCUGCAUCGCAAUAAACAUAUACCAAACAUA